GUGAACGGACUCGCAGCGCUGUAACUGAACAAUAGCAGACCGAGGGGUAGGCCCUUUCAGAGGGGUAAAUGAGCGAGUGGAGCGAGGUUGAACGCUGCGCUUCAGCUGAGUGGGCUGCACCCGGUAACUUGUUAAAGUGAACACGGAGGGAUAGAAGCAGGGGUGCGAAACGCGGUAAUACCCCGUGAACCAGUCGUCGGGGUGGACAAACUGAAACGAACUGGGCUUGCUUAUUAUGGAGACAUUACACCUAUCAGGUGACACUGUUUCAUACAAAGAGCAAAAAGUUUGCCCAUCGACAUAAAUUUGACGCAAUGUGUUUUCUUCCACCAUUAAGGGGCUCUUAAGGACAAGGCGCACAUCAAAGUGGGCUUAAUGUUGUGAAUGAAUGUUAUUGUAAUCUUUGUGGGUGACUAUAGGAUUUGUUGUCGUGACUCUAUUGUCAAGUCCGACUACCUGUGGUAGCGGGUUUACUUCACGUGAACUUGGAACACCACAUGACGUCACCACCUUCCGACUAGCAGACGACACUUUGCACGAGGGGUAGCAGACGUGAAGUCGGGAUUGACAGACUUGCAAGAUGGAGCGGGGUGGAUUACGGGUGGCUUUGUUACUAUUUCUCCUUGGAAAUAUUUCUGGGCGGAGACGUGAUUAUUCUUUAUUUUCUAAGAAUUUUUUAAGUGUAAACUUAAAUGAAAAUCAACAUCGGGAAUUACGAAUAUCUUACAAGCGGAUUCUGAUUUUGGAAACAACUGCAUUUAUGGACACACCGGAUGUUUUAAUUGUGCGUCGCAUCACUGACGGUCGGAGACUUGUGCAGCUGGUGUUUCAACAUGGGGGUUUACGGGACUGUGAAUAUACGGAAAAUAGAAAAAUGGUUUUACGUCUUCUCAGCGAUUUUACUCAAGCCAAGAAAAUAUUAUCCCGAAGCAGUUUGACCAAUGUGAUGCAAGUGUACCCCAACACGAGCGCGCUACAGUCCGGUGGUGCAGUGCACCGAGUCCACACACCGGACCAACUGGGACGGUUCAGAGGCUACACGGACAUACACUCUCAAGCCAAAACCUGUCACCAACUUGUCUCCAAUAUGAAACGACAAGCGAUGAGGGAGGCUGUCCACAACAGAAGGAAAGACAAAUUUGCUAAUUCUUCCAAAUUUGGUGCCAGGAAGAAUGUGACAUCCCACCUGCACGUGCGUUCUAAGCGUGAUCUGUUUUCCGGCUGGUUAAUAUUUCCAGGGACGAAGUGGUGCGGCGACGGCGAUGUCGCAGACUCUUACGACGACCUCGGCUACGACCGUAAAACCGACGCUUGUUGUCGGAAACACGACAGCUGCCCCCACAUCAUCGAGCGCUUUUCCUACAAGUACAACUACUUCAACUACAAGUUCCACACGCUCAGCCACUGCAACUGCGACAACAGGUUCCGUCGCUGCCUGAAGAGGUCCAAGUCCUCCACAGCCAAACUGGUGGGUCAGCUCUUCUUCAAUAUCCUCAACCCGCAGUGCUUCAAGUUCACAAAGAAGAGAGCCUGUCUCACACGGACCUGGCUGGGCACGUGCCACAAGUACGGCAAGGGAAAGUCGGCGUUGCCACGUGACUCCAUGGGUUUCUGAAGACGUUGUGACGUCAGAAGUGACGUCAUAUGUGAACUCUGAAGUGAUGCACGUGUGGUAGAGAGCUUCCUCGCGGGGACGCUGCACAACCCAUCGCUCCACAGCCACCAUGUGUAAUGUUGUAGACACAUCCCCCAUGUGAAUUGCCCCUACAUUUCUAGACAGCUUUGGAGAAGAUAAAAGUAUGCAGCGUGAGACGCGGGCACUGGCGAAACAGUAUCCGACUUUGUUCCGGGGUGAGGUAGUGAGGUAGACAUGCCCAGUGUUGUAGAAGGUGGCGUGGAGAGAAUAAUGUGGACAACGGGCACUAGUGUGACAUUUCGUCAGUGAUUUUAUUGACUAGCGUUCUGCUCCCCCAGCUAACUAAAGCUGCCUGUCUUCAUUAACUCACGAUGUACACACCGGAUCUGUAUAUAGGCGGAUGUCGUUAAUGUUUUAGCUUUAAACUGUGUUCCUUCUUGAGCGAGUGGAUCUUCUCACAGCAUAGUGAAUUUAUGAAGUGUUUAUAGACGCACGCGCUUUAAGAAUGAUUUUUAAAUCCCAUGGCCCGUUUCAACUGAAGCGAACAAAUACAUCCAUGUAGAACAUUCCCUUGCUUGCUGCAGGCCAGAUCGUGCGCCCCUCUAACGAAACCAAAGAUGAACCAACAGGGUAGACUGAAGUGACACAAGGUGUCUUUUCAUGACAACACUACAUGCCCCUAGAAAUAUCGGUAUUUGUACAGACCACACGUGUCCUAUGACUUCUUUUUUCAGCUGUAAUGGAGGGUGAUGUGUCUUGGGAAAUAAUCAGCUUCACAUCCUAGCUCUGCUCAGCAUCACCGCUACCCGAUCUUUCCGGCUACUCAGAGUGUCAUCAGUUCCCGAACAUUCUCCACAAUCGGACCACGUGACCCUGUAGAUGUCAUCGGACGCUGACUGUGCGGGACACGGUGGGUUCUAGGUGGUCAAUGGAGACGCUAUUAAAUGUUUAGGAACGAGCUAUGUCAAGCAUAAACUGUCAGAGAGAAAUACAAAUCAGAGAUACGAAAUAACUGUUUCCUUUGAACUACUUAUAGGUGAUAAACUUCCUAAUAAUGCUUCAUAGAUGGUGCAUUAUGGGAUGUUAUAUGUCUUAAUAAUACUUCACAGAUGAUGCAUUAUGGGAUGUUAUGUUUCCUAAUAAUGCUACAAAAAUGAUGCAUUAUAGGAUGUUAUAUUUAAGAAUAAACAACGAGUUGGA